AACCCAAAACACCUGUGUAGCUCCUCCUAUGGUCCAAAACAAACAACCCAGUCAUAGCAACCAGCUCCAGCGAUUUGAAUUCCCAACACUUUCUCAACAUGAGCACAAGACCAAGGACACAAGCUGCCUUCAUCCAGGGAAACCAGAGUGCAAUUGAACACGAGGGCUCCCAAUCAGCACUUGUCUACCUUUUCCAAGAAGUUUCAAAGCUAGCAUCCCCCAUCCACAACAGUUUCCUGGACAUCAAUCCACCCUCCAUGUGGCUACAUGAGACUUCUAGGCAAGAUUCUUUUAAAGUUAAAAAAGAACAAGAGGAUGCACAGUCUUUUCAAAUCUCUAAUAGUCCCUGCCAGCACAAUUUGUCUUGCAUGUCGUCCUAUAAUCAGAUGAAAAAAGUGAAGGAGGAAAGUCACAUCAACAAUGUCACAACUUUGGUUGAGCCACAUCUGAAAUGCAGCAGCCCCUGGAAAGUACUGAGCCUAAUCAAUCUGCAGUGUGAGAGGCUUCUGCAUGUAAAAGAUGCGGAGGAGUCAGACCCAAAAUUGGGCCAUUCAAUAGACAAAUCGUCGACUGCAGCACCAGAUGUAGCAGAUCUUGGAAUCGGAGGUGACUGUGUAAGUGUGGAAUGCACUUUGAGACCAUCUCUUCUAAUCUACGGGAGUCAAGAAAUCCCACAGGGCUGUGUGAAAGUUUCCAAAGUGGGCCGCUGUCUCCAGUCACAGAUUGCUGAAAAAGCAGACCCUUUUUCAGUGUUCAGUGUUAACAGAAAUGUUGAAACAAACCAGCAUUGUUUCUCUUCUGAAAACAAUCAUUUGCGUGAGCCCUUCUCUGAUCCCUAUGCAUGCCUAAAUGCCCAGACAACUUUUAAUUCAAAUGAAGAUGCAAGUGUGGCUAUGUCAAAGCGAGCGCUAACACUACACCACAAUGCAAACCUUGCUCUUUCUAUAGAGCCGCUAUGUGACACCCAGCUGUCACCUCUGAGCUCCAUCCUGCCUUCUUCACAAUCAGCAUCACUUUUAUUUAGCAAUGCAGAUAAAUGUCAGUCAUGUGCAAAGCAAGAUGACAAAAUCACAGCAUUUAAACCAGAACAUACAAAUGCACCUCCGAUUGCACAACUACAAACCUCAAGUUUAAAUGGAGAAACAAACUCCUCACAUUCUGCAACAUUAAAACUAGAAGCCAGGUCUGUGCAAAAGGAGGAAAGUGCUGCUCCAUCUACCCAGCAGUGGAGAACCAAGACUCUGAGAAAGCAACUUCAUCCCAGGAGAAGUGCUAACAUACAAGACCCAGACUUCCAGGGAGUGACGUUCAGGAUGAACACAGAGCUGGACGACAACAGGGAACAAAGUCGGCUCCUCAUAACUUCAAUGUACAGUAAGGAGCUCCGCAAGAGUGUGAGAAAACGGAGGCUGAGGACACGGACGUCACAGAUAUCCCUUAAAACCAGCAGCUCUGAUGAGGAGAGUUCCUGGAUGACCAGUGUUUCCAAGGGGAAAGUAUGUGCGUCGUGCUGCACCAGGAAGACCCCGAUGUGGAGGGACGCAGAGGACGGGACCCCACUCUGCAAUGCCUGUGGAAUAAGGUAUAAGAAAUACAGAGUGCGCUGUGUCUACUGCUGGCAUAUCCCGAGGAAAGAGGGCAACUCCAACUCCUGCUGCCUCAAGUGUGGAAACUUUGUGAGGCUGACCACAGCUCAGCGCAAACAAAGCACCUAGGGAACAGUGUGACAAAGCUCUACACACAUGUGCAGAUUUGAACACUUUUGUCCAUUACAAUGAACUACAGAUGGGACUGCAUGAGAGAGGAGCAGCGUCUCAUGUGACCCCGUAUUUAAAUGAGUUUCACUGCUACAAGGUUGCACCUCAGGCAACAGAGACAAUUCCCUUUGUGUCUAUGGUUGCUCUAGACGUGCUGUAUACAACAGUAAACUAAUCUUGAGUCUAAACAUUUUGAGGACAUCCACACUUCAAUCUUUACUUCACUGAUCCUAUGUUUGCUACCUUCUAACCUCGUUGUAGCAUGUAUGACACCAUUUAUUGUUGGGAUUAUUUUCCUCUACACAGGGUUACAGGGGGACAGUUAGCUUUAUCAAUGUAGUUUUAUUCCGGCCCUGAAGGGCUGCUAUAAGAAGUGGACUCAUUCAGUAGAUAAGUCAUAAUUGUCAAACAUUUAAAUAAUAUAAUAAAAAGCUUCAGUGUUUCUCGUGUACAAUGGUUGGCUGUGCCAGAUUGCUGAAGUAGAAAGUUAUUUCUGUACUGGAUCAAAAGCGGCAACUGUUGUGUUUACUGUCAUCAACUGCAAAACAAUUGAUUUAUUUUGACCUUCCCAGCUGACUGCUAUGUUCAGUAGUUAUGCACUUUAAAUUAAGGUCCUUAUUUAUUUUGUCAUCGUUUCUAAAUAUGCUUGUUUUUUUCCUGUUUUGUUUGUUUGGGUUUUUGCCGGUUUUAUUGAUGCACUGAAAAAAAAAGGGUUUUGGUAUGUAAUAAAUUUAGUAUG